AAAGCCGGUAAUGCCGCGGUAAAAAAUCAACAGUCAUUCCCUCAAUCAGGCGAGCCCCGUCGAGUGUGUUGAUUUAGGGCCGAGAAGUUGGGAAGAUUUGUUGGAAGAGCUGCUCCUUCCAAGAUUCAGUAUUUUUUGUUCAGCCGGUGAGUUGACAUUUUACAAUGGGCUUUACGGGCCGCGUCCUUUUCGUUGCAACCACUCUGCUGGUGUCAAUGGCAUUCAAGCAGUACCGUGACCUGACAGCGCCCCUUCCGGUGCCGCCAGCCGAAGAGCUGAACCAGUUCUGGGGUUCCGGAGAUGCCAAACAGUACAAGGAGGACAAAACGAUCAAGCCUUUCUCCGUGUCCUACUCCGCCGAAGUCAUCGAAAAGCUCCGCACGAAGCUCACCGACGUUCCGACCUUGGUGAAACCGUUGGAGGGUGCGGCUUUCCAGUACGGAUUCAACAGCGAUCGUCUGCAAGGAAUCCUGAAGUACUGGCGAACCUCCUAUUUGGACAAAUGGUCCGAGCGGGAGAAAUUCUUGAAUCAAUUUCCUCAGUUUAAGACGCAAAUCCAGGGUUUAGAUAUUCACUUUAUCCAUGUGAAACCGAAGGUCCCUGCUGGAACUAAAGUUCUUCCGUUGAUGUUGCUGCACGGAUGGCCUGGUUCGGUGCGUGAGUUCUACGAAAUCAUUCCAAAACUGACGAGCAAGUCCAACGAUAAGGACUUUGUGUUUGAAGUGGUAGUUCCCAGUUUGCCUGGCUAUGGAUGGUCCCAAGCUGCAUCCAAGCAGGGCCUAAGCCCUUCCCGGAUUGCGUACAUUAUGAACAGCUUAAUGACGCGUUUGGGUCAUAAAAAGUAUCUUCUUCAGGGUGGCGACUGGGGAUCCCUGAUUGCGAACUACAUGGCAACGUACUUCCAGGAUAAUGUUCUUGGUGUCCACCUGAACAUGUGCGGAGCGAACGGGGUUUCCGCCAUGUUGAAGACAACCGUGGCCAGCUUUUACCCCUCGGCAUUCGUAGAUGAAAAAUACGUUGAUUUCUACUACCCAGCGACUCAGAAGUUCACCCAAAUCAUUGGCGAGGUCGGCUACAUGCUAAUCCAAGCAACUAAACCGGACACCAUCGGAACCGCGCUGGUCGGCAAUCCCGUCGGACUUGCUGCCUACAUCCUGGAAAAAUUCUCAACAUGGACCAACCCUGCUUACCGGGCGCUCCCGGACGGAGGUCUCGAGAAGUACUUCACGCUGGACAGCCUGCUGGACAACAUCAUGAUCUACUACCUGACCGACAGUAUAACGACCUCGCAGCGAAUCUACUACGAGGCGUUCAGCCAACACGAGAUGGCCAUCGCCGUGGACCGUAUUCCUACGAAGGUUCCCGCGGCUUGUGCCAAGUUCCGCUAUGAACUGCUGCACACCAUCGACUGGGCCUUGAAGGACCACUUUACGAACUUGGUACAAAGCAAUCACUUUGAAGACGGUGGCCACUUUGCGGCCAUGCAACUGCCGAAUGUUUUAUACAAAGAUUUUGUCAAGUUUGUUGAGAAGAUUUGAAGCAAUAAAAAGUCAAGUUUUACAAAA